AUGCCCUCGGUGCUGGACAAGGGGCCCCUGGCCAGCAUCCUCUUUGAGAUGCGCACGUGGGUACGGUGUUUACUGCCGUACACGCCGUACGUGGCGCCCUUUUACCCUACACCGGACACGGUCAUCUCCCGUGUACUCGACCUGACGGCAGUGGGUCCCGGGGACUGCCUGUACGACCUAGGGUGCGGCGAUGGCCGGGUGCUGCUGGCGGCGGCGCGCCGCGGGGCGCGGUGUGUGGGGUUUGAGCUGGAUCCGGAGCUCGUACGUGACGCGGUGACGGCUGCACGCACCGCAGGUCUGGAGUCCCUUGUACGGGUGGUACGUGCGGAUGCAGCCACAGCGGAUGUGAGCGAGGCGACCGUCAUUGCGCUCUACUUGUCGGACCACGGCAACAGCCGGCUACUCCGCGCGGUGCAGUCCACUCUGCGUCCCGGCACCCGCGUGGCGUCCUUCUACUUCCCGGUGGGGCUGCCCAGGCGGGCGUAG